AGCCUGCACGACACCAACAUUCACGACGCGCCACUACCGUAGCCUCGGCGGCAUCAACUCACGAAAUAGAUCUUGGCGAUCAAUCGCUUUCUAUGUGGCUUUGUGUCACUGUGCGUAAAAUUGAUGAAGAGGAACAUCUGUAAAAGCGGAAGCAUCGUCUCUCAAGUCUGAUGCGUUAUUUUCCAUCACCCGCUACCCAAGAUUCGACGCCCAUCAGUCUCGCGCCAAAUGGAACAACCCUUCACUUACUCACCACUCCCGUCAAACGGAUGGUUCAGACUGCUGAGUAUCCUCCCGUCGCAUGAUGAGACAUCCGACAUCUCAUGCGAGCUGCAUCAUCACGAGCUAUCUACCUGCCCUCAGUAUGAAGCCAUCUCAUACACAUGGGGCAACGAAGACGCAAGGGAGCGACUGCUGGUAAACGGCACUGUUUUUAAAGUGCGGCCCAAUUUGCACGCAGCUCUCAGGGCAUUUCGACAGCCUCAUGAGGCAAAACUCAUCUGGGUCGACGCCGUCUGUAUCAAUCAGCAAGAUCAAGGGGAGAGGAAUCGCCAAGUCCUGCAGAUGAACCAAAUUUACUCGCAAGCUCAAGUUGUCGACGUCUGGCUUGGAACUGCAAACACAACCUCUGACGCUGGUGUUGCUUUCCUGACGACCUUUUAUACGCUUGUCUACCAUGACACAAAUUAUCAACAGUCUCCAUCGCGGGAUGCACGCACCGCCUCGAUUUAUCCAGAUUCUACGCCCUUUCACGAGUUUUAUGCGCCCAUUCUAAAACUUCUUGAUGAACCACGACUACUGACGGUAUUUAAUCAUGCUGUAGCAUUUCUUGCCAACAGCUGGUGGAGAAGAAUAUGGACUUUGCAAGAAAGUGUCCUCUGCCCCAACGUAAUCUGCUGGUCUGGUUCAAAAACGUUUCCUUUCGAAUAUCUCCUGGGCUUGUCCCAUUUCUUAUAUCACCUAGUGAAUCAUGAUGCCUACAAAGGUGCACUGGCCCACAGAGACAUGACUCUAGGUGCCUUGAUGCUCGUCGAGUAUCUGCGCAAAGACAUGGUUGCUCGCAGGGGAAUCGGAUUGACAAUGGCGCUCUACUCGACUUGGAACCGCGCGUCCUCGGAUCCGAGAGACAAAGUCAUUGGCUUGUUGGGUAUCAUAGAGCCUCGCGAUAGUCUCAAGCCAGAAUACUCAUGGCCAGUCGAGAAGGUGUAUAGAGUUGCGAUGCGAGCCGCGCUUGUCGAAGAUGGCAACCUCAACUGCCUUGGCCUGAUCUCCGAGAAGAAGGAGUCUCGAAACAAAAACCUGGCUUCUUGGGUCCCUGACUUUGAACUUCACUCCGAGCCAUUCAAAGACUACAUAACUUCGCUGUCCAAAGUCCUCAACAAAUGGUCGAUUUACAAGACUUUUAUGAGCCCAGAACGGUCUCUUCCAGACAUAACAACAGACGAGGAUGACAGUGUUUUAAUACUCAAAGGCUUUUGUCUUGAUUCUGUCUCCAUUGUCGGAACUCAAGCACCGGGCCCUAAUUUUGAGAAUGUAGGCGAGACAAGCCCUGAGCACUGGAGGAGCUCGAUGAGAGACACAUUAAAUCAUUGGAGAUCCUUACUGCCGCCUAAGGAUAGUUAUGUAACAGGUGAAACUCAGGCUAUGGCCUUCUGGAGAACAGUUCUGGUUGACUUGAACCAAGGCCGUCUAGCCUCAACGAAAGGCGGCAGGCCCAAACGUCUUGACAAGAAUGAUCUGCAGGAUCUGUUGCAACUUGAAACCCCAGAGGGAAUGGAAGGCUUGCUAAGCACAUGGGAGUCAUGCCUUCGGCCUAUAUACCGACAACUUCGAUUGAUUGAGCAAUUCAACCGGCGUUUCUUCAGGACAGAAAAGGGUUACAUGGGACUAGGUCCGCCAGAUAUCCAACCAGGUGACACUAUCUGCCUCCUGCUGGGAGGAUGCGUGGCUUAUGCGUUGAGGAGGAGUGCGCAAGAGACCUGGAUCUACGUUGGCGAAUGCUACAUACAUGGGAUCAUGGACGGAGAGGCCGCUGUUAACGCAACCGAUGAUAAGACCGGCUUCGCCGAGUAUCGUAUUGUCUAAUAAGUGGGAAAUCUGCCGUAUAGCGUUCCUUCUAUCCUAAACAAUGAGAGGAUUCAGGUACGUUUAUUAUGACUCAGUGUACCUCAAGACUAGGCAAUCUUGGUAUCGUAGUCUAAGGAUGGAAUUUUUAUUCAUUUCUGGGGCGUGUUAAUACCAUGAUAGCCUGAAUCCUCACUUCCGCCGGGUGUCUGCCGGCCCUCUCAGUGCCUCGCAAAGUUCAAGCAGACCGUCACCUCAGGAGAGGUGGCUGCCUCAAUUCUCCCCGAGAACCCCUGCUACGUACAUCAUCUUCGAUAUAGGACUUGGACUCUGGCGGUGUGGUCUUGGGUAAAAUCUUGCGAUAGCGCUUCAUGACGGAAGAGUUGUCGCAGGUACUGUUUUGGAAGAUAACGCGCGUCUAUGCUAUACUUAACCAAGAUUUAGCAAACAUACCGCCUUCUGAGAAUUAAAUUCCACAUAAAUUGUCCUGUUUAGUUCCAAAGGACUAUGCAGUGCCGAGAUUUAAAUUGUGGUAUGAGCUUUGAACUCGAAACUUGUAACUGGGCCGCUUGUCUUGU